AUGCUUUUGGUUGAAACGCUUAUUGCGCUUUUGCUACUUGGAUCGGCUUUUGCCUUUGCCUUCCCUGCAUCCGAGGCAAAUGGAGGUGGGCAUGGUGGACAGAACGCCCAAUCUGUCUUCUAUCAAGGACAUGACCUCUCCAGCCUUGGGAUAAUGGAGCAGGGAGGUGCAGUAUACCAUGACACUGCUCGACACAACCAGACUCGGGCCGCAGAGGAUAUCUUGGGAGAUGGGGGGAUGAACACUGUUAGAUUACGCCUCUGGGUCAACCCCAUUCCUGGUCAAUACGAUCUCUCUUACGUCCUUGCCCUCGCCGAACGCUUUGCUAAGAAGAAAUAUCACAUCUACCUCGACUUCCACUUCUCCGACAACUGGGCCGACCCACACCACAACAUUGCCCCAGCCGCGUGGCCUACCACCCUUCCCGCGCUCUCCAGCACCCUCCGCACUUACGUCCGCGAGACCAUCAUGACCUUCAAGCACGCCGGCGUCGACCUCAGCCUCGUCAGCCUGGGCAACGAAAUCCGCAACGGCAUGCUCUGGCCCCUCGGCCAAGUCGACGUCGACAUCACACCUCACGCCGCUCUCGUCUCGAACUUCACGAAUCUAGCCACGCUGUACGCCGCCGCGCGUUCAGGCGUGACCGAUGCCGUCAACGCCGGGGCCGCGAAGCCGCAGGUUCUGAUCCACAUCGACAACGGGUGGAACGUAACUCUGCAGACGACGUGGUUCAACGCGCUGACCGCAACCGGAAAAGUGAAGGUCGCGGAUUGGGAUGUUUUCGCGUUCAGUUUCUACCCUUUCUACGGCACGGACGCCACGCUCGCCAAUCUCCAGAAUAGCUUGCAUACGCUGGCGCGGCAUUAUGGCAAACCGCUUCACGUUGUCGAGACAGAUUGGCCGGCGAUCUGCAGCGGGUCUGAUGCACCGGAGCUUAGUGAGCCGAGUGUGCCGAUCAGUGCGAAGGGGCAGACGGAGUGGGUGCACGAUGUGAUCAAGGUAGUGAAAGGGGUACCAGGGGGCUUGGGGCAGGGGUUCAACUACUGGGAGCCGGCUUGGUUGAAUUCGACGAGUUUGGGGAGUGCGUGUCAGGAUGCGAUUUUGUUUGAUACGGAUUGGAGUCGGUAUCCUCAGAUGGAGGCGUAUUCGAGGGAGAGUGUGGAUAUGUUGAAGGGGGUCUGA